AUUUAUUUAUCUUUCAUUUCUUGAGAUAAAUGUUUAAUGCAUAAAAUUGUCCAACUCGUGAUACUGCCGUGGGAAGUCUUAGGGCUCCCAGCGACCAGUGACUGGGACAGCUACACGUAUAUUUCUAUAUCUCAGCUGGAAUGAGAAACACAAGGCCAGCUGCACAGGACGCAGGACAGUGCUUCUCCCAAGGACAGACUGCAGUCGCGAAGCGUCACAGCCAGCCCUUCGGUCACUGCGGCUGUCUUAUUCGCUGAGAAACUGUCGUCUAAAUCACAGACCCUCAGGAGCUUCGCUGUUGAAAGCGCUUCAGUGGGAGCAGAGCGUCCACCUUCGCUCGGGGAUGAGACGCUUUGCAGUGGAGAGGGAGCCCCUCUUUCCAGCCCAGGCACAGAGGCCAGGGAAGGGACAUCCAGGCAGGACCUGCAUGUCUCUUGCCUUUGUCGUUUCCAAGGAAACCGAACCUCAGUCCCUGUCACAGUUCCGACACUGACCUUACACAGACCCAGCACUUCACUGAAAUGUCAGCUAAACUGCGCCGUUCCCACUGCCCCGAAUCCGGUGCGCGGUCCCCCGGCUGCGGUGAGGCAGCUGCCUCUGAUGGGCACCUCCGUCAGCCAUGGGUCGGUGGCCCUGCGUCCAGCCUGACGUGUGCCCUGCUGGCCUUGGGCCGGUCGGCCUAGCCAAGGCCCCACUUUGCAGCUAGUUCUGCGGUUUUCUCUGACGUGUUUUGGUGAAAAUAAUUUUUAGUUUAUCCCACAGUUUGUUGGGCUUCCUCAAAUUAUAAUUAUCUUUCAUGUGCUCUGGAAAGUUCUCAGCAGUUACUCUUCAGAUAGUGCCUUUGCCCAGUUUGUCUGCCUUUCCGAAUCUCCGCUUCGGAGUGCGUGAGACCCCCCGCCGUUCUCCGCGCGGCCUCCCCACAUUCCUCGUGAUCGUCUCUGGCGCACUCUGGGCCGUGUCACCCCGUCUUCCUUCACCUCUGUUUUUUAUUUCCUUCUUAUGAUUUUCUUGUCCUUCCUACGAGGUCUCCUCUGUUUUACUUACCCCUUUCAUCCCCAUGUCCUGCACUGUCCCCGUAAAUAGCGACCGUCCGGUUCUAUUGAAUGUUUUCGUGUUUGUGUUCUUUAAAAACGUGUAUUGCUUUUAGGGACUUUUUUCCACUUUUGGUGUAAUUGACCUAAACUGCCCGUACUUAAAGUGUACCGUGUGACGUGCACACCUGUCAAAACGUCACAGCGAGGUAGCAGGUCACACCCUGCGUCCCCUGCCGCCUCCCCGUGACCCUUCUUCCCGUCCCCUCCGCGUGCUAAGGUGACGACUGACCUACUUUCUGCCACUGCAGAUUAGUUCGCAUUUUCUAGAACGUUAUACAAAUAGCAUCUGCCAGCAAAAACUCCCAGAGAGGUGUGGAAAGGAGACACUUUACUCUGGUGAAUAGUUUGCAGACCACGCGACGCAGCCUCCAGCAGAAACCCGUGCGCCCCAGAACAAAGCCGGGGCCUCUGAGGGCAGGGUGGGGUGACGCUCGCUCAGGGAGCGAGUUCCAUGUGCUUCUGUGGCCAGACGGGAGUCCACAAGCCCAGACCCCGCUCGGUCCUCCGUGCAGACGAGGCUCCCAAGCCUCACGGUUCCGGUCGGGCCGGACCGUGCUCUGACGCGAGUGAGGACGUGGUGUCGUGCCGACAGACGAGGCGGGUCUCCAUCCGGCGGUCAGGGGGACACUAGGACCCCCUCGCGGUGGGCGACUCAGGCAGCAGGAGGCUCGAAGGUCAGCCCGUGGCUUUUCCCGAAAUGUAGCAGCCAUGAGUUCUCAGGGUUCACAUUUACCCCUUUGGGUAAAACCUGCCGGAGACAGCAUUGGUGAUCGAUGAGGUCAGCUUGUCCUGCGUCGCUGCCAGCGUGCCGUGGCUACCUUCUCCAGUCCGUCCAGCCCGCUGGGACUCUGUGGUCGCACAGUAGCCAGUGGAAUAACCAGGGCCAUCGCUUCAGAGAGGUCUCUCCCAGGCGCCUGUUGAAUGCACAGAAAUUCUCUAACGUCACCUUUGUGCUGAGUUAGCCGGGUCACCAUCGGCAUCUUCUACGGUCGCCUGGAAGGCCGGGCAGUGAGGGACGAGUUAGAGGACAAAGCGGCCCCUGCGUUUGCAGGACCCAGAAAGUCGGUGCGACCGAGCACGAUGCCGGCGUCGGUCCGGUGUGCUCCCAGGCUCCGGUUUCGGCGAAGUCACCCAGCGUGAUGAACGGCUGAGAGGGUGCGGUGGCCCGGUGGGCCAUCCCCCUCUGUGUGGCCCCUCGAGUCAGGCUCUGGUCACACAGAGCAGCGGCACGUUAAGCAAAUUAGAACAACGGGACGUGCAGCCACGGCUCCCUCGCCUGGCCGGAAACGGGGGGCGCACGGCCUAGACGGCGCCUCGUACAAGGGGGUGCGAGGCCAGGUCUUCCCUGUGACCAGCCGUUCCCUGCUGCGAGGGGGCAUGAAGUGACCGGCGUGUCGGUUCUGGUGGCAGAGGGGCCGUCACGGCUUCACGGGCAUGGCGUGACAUUCGCAGCGGAGUUAGGGCCGGUCAGGAAGCUGCUGGCAGGAUGAAGGCCGCCUUGACGGAGAUCAUCCAGCUGGCCACCCUAGACUCGGACCCGUGGGUCCUCAUGGUGGCCGACAUUCUCAAGUCCUUUCCUGACACGGGCUCGCUUAACCUCGAUCUUGAAGAGCAGAACCCCAACGUUCAGGAUGUCUUAGGGGAACUCAGAGAAAAGGUGAGCGAGUGCGAGGCGUCGGCCAUGCUGCCCCUGGAGUGCAGGUACCUGAACAAGAGCGCCCUGACGACGCUGGCCGGGCCCCUCACGCCCCCCGUGAAGCACUUCCAGCUGAAGAGGAAGCCGAAGAGCGCCACGCUGCGGGCCGAGCUCCUGCAGAAGUCCACCGAGACGGCGCAGCAGCUGAAGAGGACGGCGGGGGUGCCCUUCCACGCCAAAGGCCGGGGGCCGCUGCGGAAGAUGGACACCACGACCCCACUCAAAGGCAUCCCGAAGCAGGCGCCCUUCAGGAGCCCCACCACGCCCAGUGUCUUCAGCCCGGCCGGGAAUCGGACCCCCAUCCCGCCCUCGAGGACGCCACUGCGGAAGGAGAGGGGCGUCAAGCUGCUCGAUAUUUCCGAGCUGGACAUGGUGGGCGCUGGCCGAGAGGCGAAGAGGAGGAGGAAGACGCUGGCAGACACAGAAGUGGUAGAGAAGCCAGCCAAGGAGGAGACGGUCAUCGAGAACGCCACCCCGGACUACGCAGCCGGCCUGGUGUCCACUCAGAAACUCGGGUCUUUGAACACGGAGCCUGCGCUGCCGUCCACCAGCUACCUGCCUGCCACACCCAGUGUGGUCCCAGCCUCGUCCUACGUCCCCAGCUCUGAGACCCCACCAGCCCCGUCUUCCCGGGAAGCCGGCCGGCCGCCGGAGGAGCCCAGCGCCCCCAGCCCCGCCCUGCCGGCGCAGUUCAAGCAGAGGGCCCCCAUGUACAACAGCGGCCUGAGCCCGGCCACGCCCACGCCUGCAGCUCCCACCUCACCCUUGACGCCCACUACGCCCCCGGCUGUCGCCCCUGCUGCCCAGGCACCUCCGGUGGCCACGGUGGCCCCACAGACCCAGCCCCCCACCCAGCAGCAGCCCAAGAAGAACCUGUCCCUCACGGUAGAGGGAGCAGAUGUUCGCUGCCCAGGAGAUGUUCAAGACAGCCAACAAAGUCACGCGGCCCGAGAAGGCCCUCAUCCUGGGCUUCAUGGCUGGCUCUCGAGAGAACCCGUGCCAGGAGCAGGGCGACGUGAUCCAGAUCAAGCUCAGCGAGCACACGGAGGACCUGCCCAAGUCGGACGGCCAGGGCAGCACCACCAUGCUGGUGGACACGGUGUUCGAGAUGAACUACGCCACGGGCCAGUGGACGCGCUUCAAGAAGUACAAGCCCAUGGCCAACGUGUCCUAGGGCCGCCAGCUCCAAGCGGGCUCCGAGGGACGCGGCUCCGUCCCCCCGUGUGCGGUCGAGCGCCAGCUGACUUAAGCUUUAGGUUCCUCUCUCUCGGGUGUUUUGGACUUAUUUUUUAAAUUUUAACAUGGGUUACUUUUUGUGUGAUCUAAGACUUUUUUGGAUUCGAUAUUACAUUUUUGAAUGUUAAAGUUAACCAAAAAAGUUCUAACUUCCUAGUUUUAGCGACAGCCGUUAGACUUUUAUCUUUUUUACUUUUCUUAAAUUCCACUGACGAGGGGAGGUGUUUCUCGGCUCUCCUGCCCCAGGAGGUUGAGGGGACCAAAGGUGGCACCCGGCGUGGCUGGGGGCGGGAAGGCUGGGCCACUCAGCAGCUGCUGGGCUCACCUCGCCUGCGCGAUCUCCGGGGCCUGCGUCUGCGUGAGAACCGCUGGCCCGAGCUGUGCUCCCGCCAGCUCAGCCUCUCCGUGCCCGUGGGGAGGAUGUCCAGGGCUCCCUCCUGGGACCUGGGGCGCAGCCGGCUGCGGGGCUCCCCUUGCCUUGAGCGUGUGCCUCACCUUUAAUGGGACUUGGGAACCAACUUAAUAUUUUUAAAAUAAAAAAAAAUUUCCCAAACCAGAACUACA